CCCACAUUUCUCACUUCUCCCCUAAUAUUACCCACCAAACCACGAUUUCUUCUGCAAACUACCCCGCCAUCCCUCCCUAUCAACCGCUCUGCCACCCAUGGACCAAAUCAUCAGUGUGAUACGACGAUGCUUGCCUUUGUGCUUCCCACUGCCAGAAUCCGAAGACCAAAACGACGCCUCUCAGGUUGUCGGCGUCGAAGACCAAAAGGAAGACGAGGAAGCAGCUGAGGCCACAGCAGGAGUAGAAGACGAUGACGAUGUUGCCUUCCAAGCCAACAAGGAAGCUUUGGUUAUGGUCAUAGCCAUAUGUGAAAUAGCCUCAAUGAACGAUGGAUGCCAAUGGGGAAUAUGCGGGGUGACAUCUCCUACUAAAGAAUAUCCUUUUCCAGUACACAGCUAUGGUUGCAUAGUGGAUCCAGAUUGCCCAGUUUGGAAAGUGGUGUGGAGAUGCUCAGAGGACAUGUCUAUACUCAUAACAACCUAUUACGGCACACAUAACCAUCCACUUCCUGUCGGUUCAAUUACUGCCAUGGCUUCUGCGGCCUCAGAAGAUUUCUUUAGGUUAUUGGAUUCAAAAAAUCCUAUUUCAAAAGGAACCUCUAGUUUCACCCAAGCAUCCCUUCCUUACUAUAUGAUUGACCCUAACGACCCUUGCGAAGGAAUUGUUCUUUACCUUACAAUCGACUCUUACGAUCCCCCUCAGUUCCCAAUGCCCAAAUCACCCGUGAGAGACCAAGACCAAAACCAGCCUCCCAAGAUUCUUGUCGGCAAAGACUCUAAGAAGGACGUCCAAUCAAACUCAACUACAACAACUACCUCCUUCUCUAGACCUCAUUGCAAUUACGAUGUUUUUUUGAGUUUCAGAGGUGAAGACACUCGCAAGAGCUUUACUGAUCACCUCUACUCUGCUUUGGUGCAACUCGGAAUUCGCACCUUUCGGGAUGACGAAGAGCUUCCAAGAGGAAAGACUAUCUCUACCGAACUACUCAAUGUGAUUCAUGUAUCAAAAAUUUCCAUUGUGAUUUUCUCCAAAGGCUAUGCUUCUUCUAGGUGGUGCCUCGAUGAGCUUGUGGAGAUUGUGCACUGUAAGAAUACCAAAAGCCAGACUCUUUUUCCCAUAUUUUAUCACGUGGACCCUUCAGAUGUUCGAAACCAGACCGGAACUUUUGCGAAAGCUUUUGCUUGGCAUGAAGAGCGGUCUCAAACUGAUAUGGAGAGGGUGCAGAGGUGGAGGGAAGCUCUUACUGAUGCAGCGAAUUGUUCCGGCUGGGAUCUCAAAUGCAUUGCAAAUGGGUAUGAAUCAAGUUUCAUCAAAGAGUAUAUUAUUGAAGAAAUUUUGUGUAAAGUGAACCCCAAUCGCUUGAAUGUUGCCAAAUACCCAAUAGGAAUGAAGUCUCGUGUUCAAGAUAUAAAAGAUUUAUUAAAUCUUGGAACAAGUGAUGUUCGCAUUGUGGGCAUUUACGGAAUGGGUGGUAUAGGUAAAACAACCCUAGCAAAAGCUGUCUAUAAUGAAAUAUGUGUUGUUUUUGAAGGAAGUAGUUUUCUUUCAAACUUUAAAGAAAGCACAGAAAAGCCUGAUGGCUUACUUCAUUUACAAGAGCAACUUCUUAAUGAUAUCUUGAGAAGGAAUUUUAAGAUUGAUAAUGUUGAUAGAGGAAUUAUUAUAAUUGAGGAAAGAAUUCGUGGAAAAAAAGUUCUUGUCAUUGUUGAUGAUGUGGAUGACUUUGAAAAACUACAUUGGUUAGUCGAAAAGGAAUGGCUUGGUCCGGGAAGUAGAAUCAUUGUAACUAGUAGAGAUGAACAUGUGUUAAGUCCAUUGAGAGUAGAUGAAAAAUAUAAGGUUAGAAAAUUGAAUCAAAUGGAGGCUCUUCGACUAUUCAGUUGGCAUGCGUUCAAGAUGGCUGAUCCAAAGCAAGAUUACUUAGAGUUGUCAAUUCAAGCAUUGGAUUAUGCUGGAGGAAUUCCAUUAGCUCUUGUGGUUUUGGGUUCUUUUCUUAAAGAUAGAAGCGUUGCCGAAUGGAAAAGUGAAUUGGAAAGAUUACGAAGCACUCCUGAUGACAAGAUUCAAAAAAUACUUAGAAUAAGUUUUGAUUCACUUAAGAGUCCUAUAAAUGACAUAUUCCUUGAUAUUGCAUGUUUCUUUGUCGGUAUGGACAAAGAAUAUGCUAUCAAAGUACUUGAUGGUUGUAAUUUCUCUCCAGGGAUUGGUAUCCCUAUUCUCAUUCAGAGGUCACUUGUGACAGUUGAUUUCCAAAAUAAGUUGAUGAUGCAUAAUCUAAUUCGAGAUAUGGGAAUGGAAAUUGUUCGUCAAGAAUCACCCAAAUAUCCAGAAGAACGCAGCAGGUUGUGUUUACACGAGGAUGUCUUAAAUGUAUUGCACAACCAUACGGGAUCGAAAAGAGUCGAAGGUCUCAUUUUCAAUCUCCUUGUACUUGAUGAUGAACAUUUGAAAACUGAAGCAUUUACAAAUAUGAAGAAUUUGAGAUUGCUCCAAAUCAACUCUAUACAUCUAAAAGGAUCUUAUGAGCAUCUCUCUAAGGAGCUAAAAUGGCUUUGUUGGCAUAAUUGCCCUUUGGAAUUUCUACCACAAAACUUUCAUCUAGAGAAUCUUGUCAUUCUUGACAUGCAACAUAGUAAUGUCAAACAAGUUUGGAAGAAGAAGAAAAUAUUCAACAAGUUGAAGGUCCUUAAUCUCAGCAAUUCCAAAUAUCUCACCAAAUCACCAGACCUCUCAGAAGUCCCUCAACUAGAGAUCCUACUACUUGAAGGUUGCACAAGCUUGGUUCAGGUUCAUGAGUCUAUUGGAUAUCUCAAAAGACUUGUUUUGUUGAAUUUACGAAAAUGCAAGAACCUUAGGAAUCUUCCAAGCAGCAUUUGCAAGUUAGAAUCUCUUGAAACUUUUGUCUUGUCUGAGUGCUUUAAUCUUAAAAAGUUCCCGGAGAACUUGGGGUGUAUGAUGGCUUUAACGGUGUUGCAUAUGGAGAACACUGCUAUUAAGCAACUACCAUCCUCCUUCAGCAAUUUGAAGAAUCUCGAAACAUUAUCAUUACGUGGAAGUGAAUGUCUCAUCAAAUCACCGGAGUUUGUACAAACCUCUCGCCUAAAGAAAUUGGUACUUGAAGGUUGUACAAGCUUGGUUGAGGUUCAUAAGUCUAUUGGACUUCUAAAAAUACUAAAGGAACUAAAUUUACGGGGAUGCAAGAAGCUUAGAAAUCUUCCAAGUAGCAUUUCUAAUUUAGAGCUUCUUGAAACUCUUGUGUUGUCUGACUGCUUAGAACUUGACAAGUUACCAGAAAAAUUGGGGAAUAUGAAGGCUUUAAAAACUUUGCUUGCAGGCAAAACUACUAUUGAGCAACGACCAUCAUCAUCAUUAAGUCUUAUGAGGAAUCCUGCAAGUAUAUCCUCAUCAUGGAUAUCACCCAAAAGCUCCAACCACAUAAGUUUGUUACCUUCCAUUUUUGAAUUAUGUUCUUUGACAAACGUGAGACAACUAGAUCUCAGUGGACGUAAUUUGUCUGAAGAUGAGUUUCCCAUUGAAUUUGGACUUUUAUCUUCACUCAAAAUAUUGGAUUUAUCGAAAAACAAUUUUUGUAACCUACCCGAUUGCAUCCACUACCUUCCUGGAUUAUUUGAAUUGAAUUUGAAUGAAUGUAAUACUCUUCAAUCAAUCAUAGUCCCCUUAAGUGUUCAGGUUUUUGGAACUUUGAGAGCAAAUGACUGCACAUCAUUGGAAAGAAUCAUAACUUUGACGAUAAGAUGUUUUUUCCUUAAUAAUUGCAACAAACUGGUUGAGAUUCAGAGUUUGGAGAGUUUGCAACCUGGAGCAUGUCUUCACAUGGGAAUGUGCAACAAUCUAUCACCUGCUUUUAGGGAGAGUGUUCUCCAGAUGAUGUGCAAGGCAUAUAGAGGUAGCAUUUGCCUCCCCGGAAGUGAGAUCCCAAAUUGGUUUAGCCAUCAGGCAGACGAAGAUUUUUCCGUUUGCCUCUCCGGAAGUAACCUUCCAUUUUGGUUAGGACAUACAAUGGGAAUGGGUUGGUGUAACUGUCGGACAAUUUCUUUAAUAUCCUUUCGUGUACCAUCCUUUUGGAAUGGUAAAAUUGGCAAGAUGCUUUUUUGCGUUGUUUUUGCACCAAAAAAGGAAGCACCCAGUGAGCUAUCUCGAGUGGGUAUCUUCAACUGGAACUUACGUAAUAAAACUAGAACUCACCAAAUGGAAUACUUGAUAGGGUCCAUAGCCCAUCGCUCUGUUGGUAGCUGUGAAGAUCAUAUAUUUGUACAGGCGGCGGUAGAUCGUCAGGUGUCUGGAUUUGAGAUGAAAAGUGGAGACGAAAUAGAGCUGUCCGUCCAACAUCUAUCCAUAUCGAUGGACCAGAGUGAAGAGCUUGAGGGUGAAAUACAAGUGAAGAAGUGUGGAAUUCAUCUUGUUGAUGACCCAAAUGUAAUGGAUACAAGUGGAUACGAAAUACGUCGGUUCUUCGUCGACAAGGAAUUCCCAAUUUAUGUAGGACACAAUGAGGUUACAACAAUACCAUUGAGUGAACUAUUUGAUGAGGCAAAGGCAAAUGUUCGACAGCACAAUUCCCCCCAAAUAUAGAUCCUUUUAUGCUUUUUUAAAUUUGUCGAACCAUUUUAUGUUAUAUAUAUAUGUUGUAUU